AUGUCUCGUGUUAUUGUGAAAGGUUUGCCGAUAUAUCUCAAAGAGGAUCGUCUAAGGGAUUUGAUUGAGAAGAGGUUAACUCAGAAACAUCAAAGUACCGAUGUCCAGUCCUACCUCAGUGAUGUUAAGUUGAUGAAGAACAGGGAUGGUGAAUCCAGACGAUUUGCAUUCAUUGGGUUUCGUGACGAGGAGGACGCUUUUGAUUGUGUGAACUAUUUCAAUGGAACUUUUGUCGAUACCUCCAAGAUCGAAGUGUCGAUGGCUAAGAGUUUUGCUGAUCCUAGGGUACCUCAGCCCAUGAGAGAGAAGAGAAGAGAAGCGUUGAAGAGGCUCAGAGAACGUGAGGAGUUGCUUCUUGCGGAUAAGAAGGACUCUCAGAAAAAGCAGAAAUCAGACUCCAAUAAUGACGGUGGGAAGAAGCACGAUAUAGAUGCUGAGAUAGCCAAGAACAAGCAACUACAAGAGUUCAUUAACACGAUGAAACCCUCCAGCCAGGUAACAUCGUGGGAGACUGUUCAGUCAUCCAAGACUCAGGGUGAGGAUGAAGAAGCUGCUGAUGAUGAAGUUGGUGAAAUGUCCUCUAAUCCGUUGCUUUCGCAAGCCUUGGCUUUGAAGGGUAAUUCUCGCGAUGCCGAUGAGGAUACCGACAUGUUCAAGUUACCUGGAAAUGAAAGUGAUGAUGAGUAUGUUUCUCUCAAUGGUGGCUCGAAUAAUGCUAAUACUGAUGAACCUGAACCACAAAUGAUGAGCUUGGAUACGUUUGAUACUGCUGGUCCUACUUCCACGGACGAUAUGGCCAAAGAUGAAGCGGUAUCAGAUUUGGACUGGUUGAAAAACCGUAGAGUCAGAAUUAAAGAUGGUGCGGAUACACCAGUAUCGAAACAGCAGCAACAACCCGAUACAGAACAACAGCAACCUGAGGAAACUGAAGUUGAAACCAGUCAAGAGUCAGAAGAAGAGAAAUCAUUGAAAAAGAUCAGAGAAACGGGCCGUUUGUUCUUGAGAAAUAUCUUAUACACAGCAACUGAAGACGAUUUCAGGAAACUUUUCUCUCCGUACGGUGAAUUGGAAGAGGUUCACAUAGCAGUUGAUACCAGAACAGGGCAAUCAAAGGGUUUCGCAUACGUCUUGUUCAAGAACGCAGACAAUGCGGCCACUGCGUUCGUUGAACUCGAUAAACAGAUCUUCCAAGGGAGAUUAUUGCAUAUCCUUCCAGCAGAUGCUAAGAAGAGUCAUAAAUUAGAUGAAUUUGAUUUAAAGAACUUGCCUUUGAAGAAGCAAAGGGAACUUAAACGUAAGGCCAACAGUGCUCAACAGACUUUCUCAUGGAAUUCGUUAUACAUGAACCAAGAUGCUGUGCUCAGCAGUGUUGCCGACAAAUUAGGAAUGAAGAAAUCCGAGUUGAUCGAUGCUGAAAACUCAUCCUCUGCUGUGAAACAGGCGUUGGCUGAAGCCUCUGUAAUUGGUGAUGUGCGGAAGUUUUUCGAAACAAGAGGUGUUGAUUUGACUAAGUUUGCUCAGUUAAAGAAUAGUGAACGUGAUGAUAGAGUGAUACUAGUUAAGAAUUUCCCAUACGGUACUACCAGAGAAGAGAUAGCAGAAUUGUUCUUGCCUUUUGGUAAGUUGCAAAGACUUUUGCUACCACCAAGUGGCACAAUUGCCAUACUUCAAUUCAGAGAUGUUCCUGCAGCUAGAGCAGCAUUCAGUAAAAUUUCAUACAAAAGAUUCAAAGAUGGGAUCAUCUAUCUUGAAAAGGGUCCUUCUGAUUGUUUCACUAGAGAUGCACAAGGUGAUGAACUAGUUGAGUCUGAAACCGAUAUCCAGAAAGCUACGGCCAAGGAAGCUAAAAUUUCAGGAGCUGAUCUUCUUGAAGCACAAUCUCUGCCAGCAGCUGAUAAAGAUGAUCACGAUGAUGAUGAUGAUGAUGAUGACGUUCAAGCAGGACCUACUGUAUCCAUUUUCAUUAAGAACUUGAAUUUCUCUACCACUUCUCAACAGUUGACUGAAAAGUUCAAACCGUUUAACGGGUUUGUUGUUGCUCAAGUGAAGACCAAGCCAGAUCCAAAGCAGCCAGGCAAGACUCUCUCGAUGGGUUUUGGUUUCGCUGAAUUUAAGACAAAAGAACAAGCCAAUGCCGUCAUAAGUGCCAUGGAAGGUACUAUCCUUGAUGGCCAUAAAUUACAACUAAAACUAUCGCACAGACAAGGUACUUCGACCACCAAUGCAUCAUCUAAGAAAAAGAAGAAGAACCAAGGUAAAAUUAUUGUUAAGAAUUUACCAUUCGAAGCUACAAGAAAGGAUGUUUUCGAAUUGUUCAGUUCUUUUGGCCAAUUGAAAUCUGUAAGAGUUCCAAAGAAGUUCGACAAAUCAGCUAGAGGUUUUGCCUUUGUUGAGUUCCUCUUGCCAAAGGAAGCUGAGAAUGCCAUGGAUCAAUUACAAGGUGUCCAUUUGCUAGGUCGUAGACUUGUCAUGGAGUUUGUUGAACAGGAUCCAGAAGAUGUUGAACAGCAAAUUGAAAAGAUGACUAGAAAAGUGAAGAAGCAAGUGAAUACCACUAAGAUCGCCAACAUGAGAAAUUCUGGUAAACGAAAGAUAGAUCUUGAUGAAGAUGACGAAAAUGACGGUCUUCAGGGAUAA